AUGUCAAGCAUCCCCGGCCUCUCCACAAAACUAACCCCAACCUACCCCUCCUCCUCAGAAGAAUCCCCAAGUACGCAAUCAAUCAUAUCAGCACUCAACCUCCAAAAACACAUCGAGGGGGGUUAUUUCGCCGAGUUGGAUCGAAAUCCCCUUCUCAUCCCCAACCCAUUCCUCUCAGAAGGAGAAGAAGAAGAGGUGAAGAAAACAGCAGAGAAACCGCUAUCAGGCGACAACGCAGUCCGCAACGCGAGUACGAGUAUCUACUACAUGCUCUCGCGGGGAGAACUCAUGGGGCGAUUUCAUAGGAAUAGGGGAAGGACGGUUCACACGCUGAUUUCUGGUCGUGGUCGCUAUGUACUCAUCCAUGCGGAUGAACCGGGGACCCCCAAGCGUGUGGAGAGUUUCGCUGUAGGAAUGGAUUUUGCGGCGGGGGAAAGGAGUGUGUGGGUUGUUGAGGGGGGCAAGUACAAGGCUAGUUUUUUGCUCGAGGGAGCCGAGGGGGAGAGGUUGUUGAUUAGUGAGACGGUCAUACCGGGGUUCGAGUACUCGGAUCAUGAUUUCUUAACGUUGGAGGGGUUCAAGAAGAUUGUUAGUCCGGAGCAGGCUGAAGAACUCGAGUGGUUGGUACGCAAGUCGUGA